CCACUCCCCUUCCCUCCCAAACCUAACCCCCUAGAGGGAAAAAAAUCCCGCAACCGCAUUUCAAAUCAUCCUAGAUUUCCCCCUAACCUCCGUUGAUCGGAAGAUUAGGUCGCUCCUCGUUCAUUGCGCUCAAGAAUCCGAUCGAUUCCUCCUCCUCCUCCUCCUCCUUCUUGUUGUUCUUCUUGCGUUGGAUUGGAUUGGGUUGGGUUGGGUUGAUCGGCUGUGUUGGGAUAGGGCCGGCGGACCGGGAUCCGAUUCGGGCAUGAGCUGCUGCUGCUGCUGAGGAGGAGGAAAGGAGGCUCCGUGAUGCGCGAUUCCCAACAACCCUGAGAACGCAUCGCGUCGCAUCGUCGCCACCGCCAUCCCAUGUUGAGCUCCUGUUGCUCUCGCUCCCUAUCCCUCUCCCCUCGCCCUCUGGUCUCGCCUUCCCCUGCCGCCGCUCGGUUUCGGGUACCGGCGAGGCGGGCGGCCGCGUCGCUCGCGCACGCCCUCUCGCGCGGCUCCGGGGUCUCGGGCUCUUGCUGCAAUCGCGCCAAAAAUAAUUGGAAGAUUUCUUGCUUCAGGGACCAGAAUUUCUCUCCAGAUAGUCAGCGAUUCAAAUUCAUUGAAAAUGCUCUGCCGGAAGAACGUGCCGAGCCUGAAUUGAAUGCUGAAAUAGCGGUUCAGAAGGACUGGAAAGCGAAAUUUAGAGAGGCUGUAAAUGCAUUAUUCAGAGCAAUUGGAAGGCCUUGGACCGUGCCCUGGACAGCAGAGACAGUGUUAAAGGUUAUGGUUCUUUGGGUUACCUCAUUCUGGUUUAUAGGGACAUGGCUGGUUCCAUUCACGGUGCAUAUAGCAGGUUUUAGCAAGGAAUCUUUGACUUUCAGAGGGCAGGCACUCUAUAGCCUCUUGACUGAUGUGACUGAAGGCAUUGCCGGAAUUUUGAUCCUACACCGCUGUCUCUCACGGUUUUAUCCCCUUCCGUCUGAUUGGUUUAGUUUCAGUCUAAAAGGUAAGUGGCAGUUUGACGUCGCACUUGGGUGCCUCUUGUUUCCUCUGGUCAAUCGCCUCUCGCAAAUCAACCUUGAUCUAUUGCCGAUUCUCCCCUCUACACCUGUAACACUAUCAAGUGUUGAACAGUCAAUUAUGGCACGGGAUCCGAUCGCGAUGGCACUUUAUGCACUUGUAGUAACGGUUUGUGCUCCUGUAUGGGAAGAAAUAGUGUUCCGGGGUUUCCUUCUUCCUUCGCUUACAAAAUACAUGCCUGUUUGGUGUGCGAUACUGGUGAGCUCAGUCGCCUUUGCUUUAGCGCAUUUUAAUGGACAGAGGAUGCUUCCUCUCAUCUUUCUCGGGGUGGUGAUGGGUCUUCUUUUUACGCGGUCAAGGAAUUUAUUACCAUCCAUGCUAUUGCAUAGCCUCUGGAAUGCUUUUGUUUUCUUUAGUUUAAUGAGAUAGCUUGUAGCUUUGCAUGUAAAUUAGUGAUCAAUCAGUAAAGUUUUCAUCCAAGCGUUAAUUUUGUCCA